UGAUGAUAUAUAAAAGAAAGCUGGUAAAACAUGUCAUUUUUGAAUAAUCUAAAUGAUUAUAUGAAAAAAUAUCCAAAUAAACAACCGGAUAUUCAACAACAAUAUGGUACGGCUGGUUUUCGAAACAAAGCUGAUACAUUGUAUCAUGUAACCUAUCGUGCCGGUAUUUUGGCUGCAUUACGUUCAAGAUUAACUGAUAGUAUUAUUGGUGUAAUGAUUACUGCAUCACAUAAUCCGGAAGAUGAUAAUGGUCUAAAAAUUAUCGAACCAGAUGGAUCAAUGUUAAUACAAUCAUGGGAAAAUUUAGCAACAAAAAUUGCCAAUGUUUCGGAUGAUAAUCUUGAACAAUGUAUUGUUGAUAUGAUUAAAGAAUUGAAUAUCAAUAUGAAAGAUACAAUGGCUAAAGUUUAUCUGGCUCGUGAUACAAGAAUGAGUGGCGUAUCAUUAAGUAUGGCAUUAAUUGAUGGAAUUAAAACUUGUUAUGGUGAAUAUAAAGAUUUUGGUUUGCUUACAACACCACAAUUACAUUAUAUUGUACGAUGUGCAAAUUCGAAUGGUCAAUAUGGUGAACCAAAUGAACAAGGUUAUUAUAAAAAACUAAGUAAUGCAUUUCUUCGAAUGACUGAAAAUUCGACAAAAAAAUUAAAUGUUAUUAUUGAUUGUGCUAAUGGUGUUGGGGCAAAUAAAAUGAUAUUAAUGGCACAAUAUUUGACCGAAAAAAUUACAUUCGAUUUGGUCAACAUUGGUGAUGGUAUACUAAAUCAUGGUUGUGGUGCUGAUUUUGUUAAAGUUAAUCAACGACAACCAGAUUCAAUUGAACUAAAAUCCAAUCAACAUUAUGCAUCAUUUGAUGGUGAUGCUGAUCGAAUUGUUUUCUAUUAUUUAAACGAUCAAGAUAAUAAAUUUCAUCUAUUAGAUGGUGAUAAAAUUGCUGUUUUAGUUGCAAAAUUUUUGAAACAAUUAUUGAAUGCAGCCAAUUUGAAUGAAAUUGAAAUUAUGGUCGUACAAACAGCAUAUGCAAAUGGAAAUUCAACAAAAUAUAUUCAAGAUACACUUCAAUUGAUCAGUGAUUGUGUACCGACUGGUGUUAAACAUUUACAUCAUCGUGCAUUACAAUCCGAAAUCGGUAUCUAUUUUGAAGCUAAUGGUCAUGGUACGAUUCUAUUUUCAUCGAAUGUACAGAAACGAAUCGCUGAAUGUACAAAUGAAAAUGCAAAAAAACUUUUACAUUUUAUUGAUUUAGUCAAUCAGACUGUCGGUGAUGCAAUAUCUGAUAUGUUGGUUGUCGAAGCAAUUUUAGACAUUUUAAAUAUUACCAUUGAUGAAUGGGAUUCAUUUUAUCAGGAUUUACCGAAUAAAUUACUUAAAGUUGCUGUUAAAGAUCGUAAUGUAAUUACAACAACAGAUGCUGAACGUAAAUGCGUUGAACCGAAAGGAUUACAAUCGGCAAUUGAUAAGGUGGUGGCUGAAUUUGGUCCACAAGCACGAUCAUUUAUACGACCAUCCGGUACUGAAGAUGUUGUUCGAAUCUAUGCCGAAGCUCAAACAAAAGAAUUGGCCGAUAAUUUAGCAAGAAAAGUUGGUAAUUUAGUUUAUGAUUUCGCUGAUGGAAUUGGCUCAAAAUUUUGAAUCUUUUACAAAUUUAUUAUGAAUAAAGCAAUCAAUUUUGUUUACAAAUAUCAUUAUUUAUU